AUGACAGCUCCUUCUGCUCAAGCUCCUCAACUCACUCGUCGUUGGUCGAAAGUUGUUGUAGAAAACCGUACUGGAUCCCACUUCAAACUUCAAGUUUUGCAUGAAUACACUGGCGAACAGACAAAUGAUUCUGGAUAUAUAACUUUCAAACCAGAUGAUAAGAUUACUGUGUUUGAGAAGGUUUAUUAUAACACUGGAAUCUUCACAACUGGAGUUGACAACUGGAAAGUUCACGGAACUCGUCUCAUCGAAGUGUCUCCUGAAAACAAGUUGGCUGAGGCAAUUGCUGGAAAAUUCUUUAUCGAUGGUCUUCCAUAUGCAACUGGACACGGAUUGUUCGCUCAAUGGAAGAAGCACACAUUGAGAGCUGAGGAUGAUGGACAGGAAACUGUGAUCAAAGUGUUCCAAUCGGAAGUUCAAUUCAUCUCUCCAAGUGGAAGAUCUACUACUACCUUCAAUACUCUCGGAGAGAAUAUCAUUCCACUCGCUGCUAAUCAACAAAAACAAUGA